CUAGUGUGGCGUGCCGCUGGAGUGCGAGAGAGACAGAACGACCGAAACGCCGCCGCAUCCCGUCGCCGUGCCGAACGACGCGCGUCCAGGAGUCAAGUCGAUAAAUAGCAGUGUGGGGCCGUGCGCGUUUCAGUCGCCGACCGAGCGCCUCCGACAACAGACUCCACGCCGCUAGAGCACUCCGCAGCCACCAUGAGGAUCGGACAGGUCAUCCCCAACUUCCAGGCGGAGUCCACGCAGGGCCCCAUCGACUUCUACGACUUCCAGGGCGACUCGUGGGUGGUCCUGUUCUCGCACCCCGCCGACUUCACGCCCGUGUGCACCACGGAGCUGGGCCGCAUCGCCGUGCACGCGCCGCACUUCGAGAAGCGGGGCGUCAAGCUGCUGGCGCACUCGUGCGACAAGCUCAAGUCCCACCAGGACUGGGUGGACGACAUCAAGUCCUACUGCCGCGACAUCCCCGGCGACUUCCCCUACCCCAUCAUCGGCGACGAGACCCGCGAGCUGGCCGUGCAGCUGGACAUGAUCGACGAGGACCAGAAGGACAACCCCGAGACGGCCAUGACCGUGCGCGCGCUCUACAUCAUCGCCCCGGACCACAAGCUCAGGCUGUCCAUGCACUACCCGACCUCCACCGGCAGGAACGUUGACGAAAUCCUGCGGUGCAUCGACUCCCUGCAGCUGGCCACGCGCCUGCCCUACGUCGCCACGCCCGCCAACUGGGUCCCCGGCGAGAAGGUCAUGAUCCUGCCCAGCGUCAAGGACGAGGACCUGCCCAAGCUGUUCCCCAAGGGCGUGGACAAGGUGUCGAUGCCUUCCGGCGAGAACUACGUUAGGACGACCACGGACUACUAAUCAAGCCCGGCCACAUCUUCGCUUUGCGGCACGACGCGCGCGUGUAUGUGAAUGUGUGUGUGUGUGCCUGUGUGCGUGACCAUUGCCAUGAGCUAUACUUGUAGUUGUGGGCUCCAAGGAAUGCCGACGAAGUCCGUGUGUGUUGACGUCCUGACGGGACGGCCUGACGGGACAGGCCGGUCGGAGGCGCCUGGAGCAGCCUUGUCCAAAAUCGAAGCCUGUUGGCACUGACCGACUUGCUGCGGGCAUUCCCCCGCAUUUCCCCGCAGAGAUUAUGAGAUUGUGUGCGCGCGCGAGUGUGUAUGUGUGAGUGAGAGAGUGUGUAUGUGUGUG